GUGAGGCAGCGCACCCACACGCGGCGCUGGUCUUGUGAUACUCAGUGGUUACUUUGUGCUGUGAACCCAAUACACCCGCAGGAUUACUGUGCUUACUGUGUGCUCUAGGUGAUAUAGUGUUCAGUGUUGUGUAUAAGCAGGCUUGUGUCAACCUGCAUCUUGGGAUGUCCACGGCGAUGGAGGAACGUGUGGGCGGCCACCCGUCCAGCCUGGGCCCCAUCACAAGCAUCGGGGGCGUCGGGGGCUCGGCCUCCUUCGCCCACCCCCAGGAUACACACGCCCACCCGGACUUCCAGCCCCCGUACUUCCCUCCCCCCUACCUGGGCGCCGAGAAUCAGAUGGCGACACACCAUCCAGCGGCCGACCCGUACCAGUUGCAUUCCCUCCCCACCAACUACACCACCUACACCUCGGCUACACUUCAGAACAGACACGAGGUCCCCCGGAGGGAAGACCCCCUCCACGUCGUAAGUAGUACUGGCCAGGUUGGGCUCUACGAUCGAACGUACGCGGGCGUGGACCGGGCGGGCGCAGUGCUCAUGGGCGCCGCUCGACAUGAAGACAUCAUCCUCAGCAACACCAUCCACCCGCACACCAUCGAGGAGCCGGUGCAGGCUAAACGAGCGAUUGCUAGUCAACAGUUCGCAGAGCGCGGCCUGUUCUUAGAAGGCGUGCUAGAGUCGGACACGGGGUUCACAGGCGAUAUCUUUAAACACGAUGGGUUCGGCAAAGUUGGUGAUCACAUGAUGAAGGACGCCCUCAUUGGUGCCGCGAUGCCCACCGACGUGUUCUGCUCCGUGCCCGGCCGCCUCUCCCUCCUCUCGUCCAACUCCAAGUACAAAGUGACCGUCUCAGAGCUGCAGCGGCGCCUGUCUCCUCCAGAGUGCCUCAACGCCUCCAUCCUGGGCGGCAUCCUCCGCAGAGCCAAGAGCAAGAACGGCGGCCGCAUCCUGAGGGACAAGCUCGAGAAGAUCGGGCUCAACCUGCCCGCCGGCCGGAGGAAGGCCGCCAACGUCACCCUCCUCACGUCGCUGGUCGAAGGCGAGGCUAUCCACCUAGCAAGAGAUUUCGGUUACGUCUGCGAGACUGAGUUCCCGGCCCGGCAGAUUGCAGAGUACCUGUGUCGCCAGCAUUCCGACCCGGCCGAGCAGUACAGGAGGAAGGACCUCAUUCUUGCCACAAAACAAAUCACCAAAGAGCUGAUGGACCUGUUGAAUCAGGACAGGUCGCCAUUAUGCAACACCCGACCACAGAUCAUCCUGGAGCCGUCCAUCCAACGACACCUCACGCACUUCUCCCUCAUCACGCACGGCUUCGGCUCCCCGGCCAUUGUCGCGGCGCUCACGGCCAUCCAGAAUUUCCUAACCGAAUCCCUGAAGCACCUGGAGAAGUCUUUUCCUUCUUCAAACUCCCACCUCACCGUCACGCCCUCGAUAGAUCUCAAGAACAAGGAAAUGGAUAAGAAAUAACGGCGUGGGCCUGAUCUUGUAAAUUCCUUAUCUAGCCCAAACCCGCCAGGCCGCCAACGUCAGUCGGACAGCAUGAGAUGUUCUGCAGCGCAUGGAACGACUCUUGCUGGAGUGGUAGAUUAUGUAUCUCCACAGCAUUAGUUUGUUCUCAAUAUGCUCUGUUAUAAUUUCAAGGACUCUUUGCUCCCCUUGUAAAGACUCCUGCCGACGAAUCCUCGAACCGUGGGUCAGUUUUUUGACUUUUUGGUUUCAGUUUGACGGUCAUUGUUGUGUAUAUAGUACUACAUGAAUAAGUUUUAAGGUUGACACAUGGCUGCCAAGGAGCAAGUUGUGUGUUUAAGGCAGCGGAAGUGCAAUAACGCACAAGAGAUAGUGCAUGAUACUCGACUUUGUGAAGUAAAAACUGUUUGUUUGAGAUUAAAGACGUGAUUUCUAGGAAAUUUAUUUAAAUAUUCUAACCUCUCUGCAGAGGCUCACCGAAUCUCAUGAUCAUUGUAAGAUUCUAAGUGUAGUUUGCUAAGGUUUGUACAAAUGCCAUAUUGCCAUAUCUUAUUUUGACUUCUUAAGGUGAAGAGGAAAAGCCGUUACUCAUAACUAAGGCUUGAAAAAGAGAAGUACUAGGUAAUAAAUAAUAUAUAUGGAUACAAAGCGAGAAGGUGUUCAACUAUUUCAUGUGCCACUGUUUAUGAAGAGAUUGAAAUUAUAUUGUGAUCUACCAUUUAACAGUAUUGUCUACAGAAUACUUUGUUUUGUAUCUAGAACGUAGCCAAACUUUGUACGUUAGUAUGUUAGGGUGGGCGACGCUCGUGGUCACCCACAACCCACAUAUCUGCCAAAACAAUGUACCAAGUGCAAUCUCUUGGCGAUGUGAUUUAAUGCUUAGACAUUGGGUGUCUUUAGGGAGAAACUGACACGCUAUAACAGGGGUUGUUGGCCUCUAUAUGUGUACUAUUUUGGCGUCAGUGACCCUAGUCAGCCCAUGUUUUGUACAGUGUAGAAAGAACCUACAGACUUUAUUUCUCUCUGGAUGGGACUCUCUCACCUAAUCUCUUGGCUGGGAGUAGUGUAGCGUUAAUCUUACGUAGGUGAUAGGACCCAGAGCCUUUCAGACAAUUUUAAAAGUGUCUGUUUGGCAUGACAAAAUGUAUAAAAGUUUUACCCUUACCUCCUUGCGCACAAUGCUAAUGCAAAUUGUGUAUCUGUUGCUUCAACAUAUGUUUUUCCUUAGAUUUUUGUCAUCAAGAUGUGCACUGAUCUGCAGACGAUCUAAAUCUUUUCCCUUCCUACCCCCCCCCCCAAGUACAAUCAAGGGCUUGAAAUUCAUAAGUCCGUAUUUAUAUGCUGCUUAAGCACUUUCUAUGUGAUUAACUCCCUAUCGUCAUAUCACUUGCUUAGUAUCAGUAUUUAGUUUCACUAGUCUUAAUCACUGUUCCUUUGUAUUUCCCUCAUUAUGCUUAUGACGUUUCUUAUUAACGUUUCAUGAAAUACAUAAUUUGGCUUCAUUUUUCUUAUUUUGCUGAGAGUGCAGUGCUUCAGUUUCUUUUACAAGACAUUUAUGUUAAAUCAACACCUGAAGAGUAUGUUAUAACUUCACUGUGAUCCCUUUGGAGCCCAGUGUAAUUUAGAAUAUUUUUCUAUUUUCCUUGUACACGAGUGAAUAUUGUGAUGUAUGUACUUAGUUGUCCAUUAAGUCAUAAUAACAUGUGUUGCCAUGAAUGCUUCUGUUGGAUUAGAGCACUAAUUUUUCACUUUAGAUGAGUACAAGGGGGCAUGUAAUCAUGUUACCAAGAAAUAUGCAUUUAUUGUUACUACAUUUAAAAUCAAAAAUUGAUGCUCUUCUCUUGCACUUUCUUUAAUCUCCUAUGAAUCUGACCCAGUGGUUAAUUUGGGUCAUGGUGACAGAAACAAUUUUGUUUUUAUUCUGUGCUUUGAAUAUUCUGAUUCUCAAUAAAGACAGUGAGGGCUUUGAGUAAGAUGCCCAUAUUAGGGUUCAUCUCAUAUCAGGACCGAAGAUGGUCUAAGUAUAUCUUCUACUUAAUACAUUUUACUCCUUGCCCUUCUAAGUGUCUGUAAGUAAGGCGUUGCUCAGACAUCUUUCUUGUACAAAGGAAAGACUUUUUGUUGCCCAAUUCCAUGUAUGUUAUUAUAUUAUUAUAUAAGGUAUUUUAUACUGUGCCACAACAUGGUACAAGGUCUCCACAACCUGGUUGUUUUGUGUGUUCCUCCAUAAUGGAUGGUACCAUCGUGCUGUAUAGUUUAUUUGUCAACUUGAAAUAAUUUUAAUGCUAAAGGAUGCCAUAUGUAGAAUAAUAAUAAUAAAAAAAUCUUAACAAGA